CCCGGAAGCGGCUAGGGGAAGCUGCUGCCUGCGCGCCGCUGCAGGAAGCGCCUCCCGGUCCGUCGGGUUCGGGUCCGGCUGGCCAUGGAGUCGUGGCCGAAGCCCUCGCCCCGCCGUCUCCUGCUUCUCCCCGUGCUGCUGCUGUCACUGCCAGCCUCAGAGCUGGGCCCGAGCCAGGCCCGCGCCGAGGAGACCGACUGGGUACGGCUGCCCAGCAAGUGCGAAGUGUGUAAAUAUGUCGCUGUGGAGCUCAAGUCCGCCUUCGAGGAAACGGGCAGGACGAAGGAGGUGAUCGACACGGGCUAUGGCAUUCUGGACCGCAAGGCCUCCGGAGUCAAGUACACCAAGUCGGACUUACGGUUAAUCGAAGUCACUGAGACCAUUUGCAAGAGGCUCCUGGACUACAGCCUGCACAAGGAGAGGACUGGCAGCAAUCGCUUUGCCAAGGGCAUGUCAGAGACUUUUGAGACGCUGCACAACCUGGUCCACAAAGGGGUCAAGGUGGUGAUGGACAUCCCCUACGAGCUGUGGAACGAGACCUCCGCCGAGGUGGCCGACCUCAAGAAGCAGUGUGACGUGCUGGUGGAGGAGUUUGAGGAGGUCAUCGAGGACUGGUACCGGCACCACCAGGAGAAGGACCUGACCGAGUUCCUCUGUGCCAACCAUGUGCUGAAGGGCAAGGACACCAGCUGCCUGGCAGAGCGGUGGUCUGGCAAGAAAGGGGACACGGCCUCCCUGGGAGGGAAGAAAUCCAAAAAGAAGAGCGGCAGGGCCAAGGCGGCCGGCGGCCAGAGCAGCAGCAGCAAGCAGAGGAAGGAACUGGGGGGCCUGGAGGGAGACCCCGGCCCUGAAGAGGAGGAGGAAGGCAUCCAGAAGGCGUCGCCGCUGCCACACAGCCCCCCAGAUGAGCUCUGAGCCCGAGUCCCCCCGGCUGAGACUCAGGGACUGGAAGCUGACUAGCAGGGGACCCGGCUCCUGAAGGCAGAGUGCUCCUCAUCCAGCCUCAGCUGCCCCCCUCCUCGCCCAGGACCCACGCCGCCCCGCCGUCCUCAGGGGCUCCAGCCGGCCACGGCGUGGGGACCUCCGGAGCCGGCAAGCCAGACUGCAGCCCCCCAGCCCCCUCCCCGCGCCCCUCUGUGGACACCCGCUCUGCCGCCCUCCCCCAGGGCUCACGGAGGAAAAACCUCCUGGCCUCCUCAGCCUCCCGAGGUGCCCCGGACGCCCUAUUACUCUCCCACCACCACCCUCCAGCCUUAGGGGCUGGGAAAGGCAAGGCUCGCUGCCCCUCCUUAGAGGCCGAUUUGGCAAGGGAAGCUGGGCACGGGGUUCGAGGCAUGUUUGGGAUUGCAGGGUAGGCGGGGGAGGUGCCCAGGGCUGACCCUGGCCCUCAGCUGACCCUCACGGCGCCCCUGGCUCUGCUCCCUGCCUCUUUCCUAUGUCCUGGGCACCUGGCUGCCCUCCUCUGUCCCGUCCCCCAGACCUUGCCAUCCGUUGUGUAAAGUGUUUGCCGGCCCCAGCCCCUCCUCUUGCCAGCACCCUGCCUUUCUUGAACCUUGUUCUCUGAUGACCACACGUGCUCCCUCAGCGCUUCCUGCUGUAGCUGGAGCCCAGAGGCGAGGACGCGCUGUCUCCCGGCGGCCUCCCGUUACACGAUGUCCUCUGGGCAGGGACGACCCAGAGGCUGGCCUCUAGGGAGCAGGGGUGAGGUGCCCACACCUCCCAGCCAGCCCGAGGGGCAGGGGUCAAGGACAGCCGGCCAAGGCAGUGAUGAGAAUCACGAAGUGAUUGAACCUUUGGGACCUGCUGCGCCUUGGCUCCCCGUUGUGCUGUUUCUUAGGGAUGGAGCCGAGGGCUUCCGAACCCAGCACAGAAAGGGGAAAUCUCAUCAACUGCUUUGGCUUCUUGGCCUUGACCUACCACCACUUAGACUUUUUAUUUUUUUAACCUGUACGUUUACUUUUUAAAAAAUAAUAAUACACCAUGAUUGAGCUGAGUUUGUUCCCACAGUAGUUCAAAGAUGGCCUAGCAGCUGAAACUCUGCUUAUGUGUUUCAUAUCAAAAAGUUCCUUCUGGGCGCCCAUUCCUCAGGCCUGUAAUCCUACCUACUCAGGUGGUGAGAUCUGAGGAUCACACUUUGAAGCCAGCCAAAGGCAGGAA